AUAUGUAAGAAAUGCUUGAUCCGUAUCCUACCAAUGAAGUCCAAUCUGAAACAUUUGGAUUUGCCAUUGCAUAUUCGCAUUAGUUGAUAGAGAACACAACCUGUAUUCAGCAACUCAUUGUGUGGCUUUUCGAUUGUUUAAAGAUGUUGAAUUGUCCAUUGCCUUUCGGAAUCAGCAGUGCAUCCGAACAACAGUACAACACAAUUCUGCUUGUGUUAGUGGACUGGCUGCUGCGGUUCUAGGUGCUAGCUGUGAGAGGGACCGGUUAUGCCUUUGAUCAAGCUCAAAUGGCAUGCCAGGUUUCCAAGAGAUUUAGGAAGGAUGAGACAAAGACUUUGCCCUCUCAGCAAUUGUUGAUUCACAGUUUGUUAAUUUCCUUUGUAAGCUUGAGGCUGAUAUUAUUGAAAACACAGGAAUGGGGAGGUUGAUGUUCGUCUGCACCGUCAGGCUCACCAACUCUUUCCUGCACAUCGUCGGCACCUUGCAGCAACUCGACUGCACAUCGUCGGCUGCACUUCGAAUCCUUGUUCGCUUCAAACUUUCUUCCGAUCCGAUAGAUAAUCAACCUUCGUUGUUCUCAGAUACGUUUCCGAGUUUCCGUUGGCUGUUUAGAGGUGUUUCCGUUGGCUGAUUUAGAGGCCUAAUAUUGUGCUUGUGGCCUCAAGGCCAAUAGUAUAAAGCACCACCGAACGUAAUCGGUUUUAUUCGUACUGCUUCGGAUCCUACGAAUUAUUUUGUUACUUUUGCCUCUUAUCAUGGCGUCUCCAUCGCACAACAAUGUAAGUCCCCCUACCUUCUCUCGAAUUUUUACCAAGGCUCACCCUCGCAUUUGGCUGCAACGUUUUCGAACCGAUCAAUUACAAAAUCCUAACACGCCAAAUAUAGUUCUUCUUCUUUUGGGGUACACGUCCUCUUCCCCUAAUUGUUUCUGUUUUUUUAUAAUUUUUUUGUACAAUGUCCUAAUUGUUUGUAUAAUGCCCUAAAUGUUUCUGUUAUCUUUUCUUUGCGCCACUAGAAAAACGGAACCGAAGAUGACGAUAGGCUCAGCGCGCUCCCCGACCAUAUUCUUGUCGAUAUCAUGCACCGCCUUGACUUGAGAACUCUGAUGAGGGCCAGCACCCUCUCGACGCGGCGGAAGCAGCUUCCUUAUCUGCUCACAAACCUUUACAUUCAUGUCGACGGAUUCAAACCACGAACAGAGACUUCAGCGACGAGCCAGCUCAACGAUCUGGUGGAUCUCUACACCGAAACGACAAAGAGGUUGUUGGCUCCCACGGCUGAUCGAUCCAUCAACCUCUUGCGCCUCCGUUUCUACCUGACCGAUCCCCACUUGGAAUCCAUUGGCUCCACGGUGACCAGCGUCCUCGAGCGUGGGAACACCAAGUUCCUCGAGUUCAUCGUGGUGACGGAGCUACAGGACCUGCAGGUUCUUCGGCUCUUACCCCUACGCGUUCAGAUGUCUUAGAAGCCUCUCUGUUCGGAACAUGAGAUUCGACGAGCCCGAUGUGCCGAAUCUGCUGAAUUCCUGCGAUUCUGGCCGGCCAUCCGUUCUGCGGAUCGACGCGCCACGGUCUCGGCUGAUGGAAUUGGUGUUUGAAUUCUGCAGCUACGUGCGAAUCGAGCUCGUCCGGGUCCCUAAGCUCGUGCAUGUGUGUUUACGAUACCUGGACGCGUGAAAGCCCUCCGGUUGUUUUCGGCCACGUCCCAAGCCUUCGGGGCGUUGAUUUUGGCUGUGCUGCCAUGAAUUGGCAGCCACCGUUCAUGCUGAGCGACUGGCUGUCGGGCACGAGGCUGGAAACUGUCAGAUUAGACUUCCAAGAUUAUAUGAUUUGGAUUAAACCGGAAGACCCCAAGCUGGUCCAACCUGUCUUUGGCAACCUGACGGAUUUGUAUCUCUCCAACAUCUUUGCUGAAUGCGACCUUGAGUGGACUGUCUAUCUCCUUGAAGCCGCGCCCUUUCUGAAGCAUUUCUUCCUCACUGUAAACAGCUCUUCUUUCGCAGCAACAUGUAGUUAUUCCCCCCACUGCGUAGUACUGGAUUUAUCAGUUACUUUCUGUGUAUGACACGUGGCAUUGCUUUUUUUCUUUUACAUGUAUCCCGCCAUGUGUGUGGAUGGAAUGGCUAUGUGCACAAUGCGGAGAGGGUCAAUGUUGCAUGAGAAGCGUCAUCUGGUUUCAAGCAUUGCAACUUAAAGCUGUUGGACAUAGGAGGUUUCGAGAUGGACUGCAAAAUGGCCGCUUUGCACUUGCCUUUCGUUGUCUCCUUGUCUGCUACCCCAACUCUACGCUUUUCUGCCCAUACACUGAUACGCGCAAAGCCCGGCAGAAUUUGACCCAUAAACAGGCCCAAAAGAAACGCAGCGAAUACAGGCCCAUUACGAGAUCUAGCUGCUCGUCCUCAGUUCUCCCUUUCCCAGCCGGCAGCCGCUGAAGCCGCUCCGCCCCUGCGACGCGACGACGCCUGCCAAAUCGCCGGCCGCCUCGCGCAAAAUGCCACCCAAACCCGGGCCACGGCUCUUCCGAUACGUCUCCAAGCCCCGCAAGCCAGCGGCGCCGUCCGCGGCACCCGAGGCCACCUCCACCGCCGCCGCCCCCGCGUCCGAUGCCGACGCCGACGCGGUGUACCGCAUCGUCACGUCCGCGCCCACGCCGUCCGCGAUGGAGUCCGCGCUCGCGGCCUCCGCCGUCCCGCUCACGCCCCCGCUCCUCGACGCCGUCAUGCGCCGCUUCCGCUUCGCGCACGGGGACCCACUCCGCGCUCUCUCUCUCCUCUCCCUCGCCGCCGACGCGCCCUCGCCCUUCGCGAUCGACACCGCGCUCUACGUGCUCGGCCGGUCCCGCCGGUUCGCGCACAUGUGGGACCUCCUCGACUCCACCCGUCGCAUCUGCCCGAACGCCGUCUCCCCGCGCACCGCCAUGGUCGUCCUCGGCCGCGUCGCCAAGGUCUGCUCCGUCCGCGAGACCGUCGACUCCUUCCGCCGCCUCGCGCGGAUGUUCCGGCGCGCCGACACGACCGGCCUCUUCAAUGCGCUGCUCCGCACGCUCUGCCAGGAGAAGAGCAUGUCCGACGCGCGCAAUGUCUACCACGCGCUCAAAUACGAGUUCCAGGUGAACCGCCAGACCUUCAACAUCCUGCUCUCCGGCUGGAAGUCGGCCGAGGACGCCGAGGCGUUCGUUGCCGAGAUGCGGGAGCUUGGGGUGGAGCCCGACCUGGUGACCUAUAAUAGCUUGAUCGAUUGCCAUUGCAAGAACAAGGACGUGGAGAAGGCCUACAAGCUGCUCGACGAAAUGCGGGAGAAGGACAUUUCCCCUGAUGUGAUCACUUACACGAGCCUGAUUGGUGGGCUGGGGUUGAUUGGCCAACCUGACAAGGCAAAGGACUUGCUGAAGGAGAUGCAUGAACUCGGGUGCUACCCAGACAUCCCUGCAUACAACGCUGCAAUACGGAACUUUGUUAUAGCAAAGAGACUUGGUGAUGCGUUUGCCCUGAUGGAUGAAAUGGCCUCAAAGGGACUGAAGCCGAAUCCCACGACUUAUAACCUUUUCUUCAGGUGCUAUUACUGGGCGUACGAUAUUGGCAGCGCAUGGCGGUUGUAUGAGCGGAUGCGGUCUGAAGGAUGCUUCCUAAACACACAAUCUUGCAUGUUCAUCAUAAGGCUGUGCCGUCGGCAUGGGGAGGUGGCUCAAGCACUUGAGCUGUGGAGUGAUAUGGUUAGCAAUGGGUUUGGAUCAUUCACCUUGGUAUCAGAUGUGCUAUUUGACUUGCUGUGCGAUGAGGGGAAGUUGGAGGAUGCGGAGAGGUGCUUCCAUCAAAUGGUUGAGCUGGGGCAAAAGCCCAGCAAUGUUGCAUUUAGAAGGAUAAAGAUACUUAUGCAGCUUGCCAAACAGGAAGAAUCUAUUGCCAGGUUAACUGAAAAGAUGGCAAGAUUUGGUCGACUGGCACCUGAAGUUUGCCAAAAGCUCCAUCACGCAGCUGAAAGCAGGCACAGUAAUGGUGAUGGAGCUGAUAUUGAUAUAUUGAGAGCAGAUUAGCAUAUACAUUUGGACGAUGACGACCAUGAAUUAGUGAUGAUAAAUUUUGUUUACGAGGUGAAUACAUUAUUGGAUUUUCCUUAGUUCUGUACUCUGAUGUGUUCCCUGAAAGUUUCAAGCUACAGAUUUAUCUUGCGCGUC